AUGAAGGAAAAUGAUGAAAUUCUUGAACAACAAUUAACAGAUGAACAAAUCAAGCAAUUACUUCAAACUCGAUUUAAUCGUUCGGAGAUUCUUGACUGGUAUCGAGCAUUUGUAAAGAACUGCGGGAAUAAUCGAUCAUUUUUAACUUCGAGUUUGAAUAAAACGCUGUUUAUCGACUAUUUUAAUCAACUACAUCCAAAUGGAAAUGUAACACGUUUAACCGAAACAUUCUUUCGCACCUAUGAUAUGAAUAACGACGGUCGAAUUGAUUUCAUGGAGUUUAUGCAUGCUGUGAGUAUCAUCCGUCGUGGUGAUUUAACUGAAAAGCUUUCGUUAAUCUUCUCAUUACUCGAUUCCGACCAACAAGGUUACAUCGAUCGAUUGAAACUCGUGAACAUAAUGGAAGCGUUGUAUGAUGUCAAAGGAAUCGAUUAUAACGACAGUUAUAAUGUCUUGUUAAGAAAAGUGGACAAUCUCAUAGCAAAAUUAGAUAAAGACAAAGAAGGCGGACGAAUUUUGCGAUACAAGUUUAUUGAGAGUUGUAUGAAUGAUUCGACUUUAAGAGAUUUACUUAGUGCAUAUAAAUGA